AUGUUUGAAAAAUUACUACCAAAGGACAUCAACAUUUACGUGACCGUCAGUUCCGGUGGUGAUGAAUCCAGUUAUCUGUGUUGGGAAGACGAUGACAUUGGGGUAUAUUUGUCCGACCCGUACACCGCCGCCUGGCUUUAUGAUAGCGAACAUAAGGAUUUGACCCGUGAGUCACUUCAGGAACAGUACCUUUACAUUCAAUAUGUGAUUAAUAAGACUAUGGACCCGGAAUGGCCACAACAUCCACACCAAUUCGGAGACCUAUCCAUCGCUAAACUCCCGGUGUCUCAGUUCAUGGGCCCCAAAAACCCUCCCAAACCCCUCAAUACAGGCGCAAAGGCUGUCGACAAUUGCGAUGCCAUUCCCUCUCAGGAUGUGUUCAUUUAUAUGAAACAAAAACAGAUUUUGUCCGCAAAGGAUAUCAGUGAGAAACAACGGUAUUGA